UUCGAGUUCAAAAUAUCUCACUGCUAGCUAAUUGUGAUCAUUUUCAUCCUCCUCUCGCCAAAAACACAGGCAGCUUUUGAGUUUUGAGAUGGAGAACAAUCACUCAAAGCCUCAUGCUGUUCUAUUUUCCUACCCUCUCCAAGGCCAUGUAAUCCCAGCAGUCCAUCUCGCAAUCAAGCUCGCAUCAAACGGUUUCACAGUCACCUUUGUCAACACUCGGGCAGUUCACCACCAAAUAAUCAAGUCCCAAAGUCUCGAUACCCCCUCAGAAGACGUUAACAUCUUCGACGGGGUGUGUAAAUCGAGCCUCGACAUACGUUAUGUAACGAUCAGUGAUGGUUUUCCUAUCGGAUUCGAUCGAUCCCUCAACCACGACCAGUUUUGGGAAGGUGUCCUGCAUGAUUUCCCAGCUCAUGUGGAUGAACUUGUAGCAGAACUAGUCAGAUCCGACCCACCGGUCACCUGCUUGAUAGCGGACACUUUCUUUGUGUGGCCAACAAUGAUAGCAGCAAAGUAUAACCUUGUGAACGUGUCAUUUUGGACUGAACCAGUUCUGGUCUUAACCCUCUACUACCAUAUAUACCUCCUCAGAGAAAAUGGUCACUUUGCUUCUCCUGGUAAUCAUCGGCAAGAUACAAUCGACUACAUUCCAGGUGUGAAAGCAAUUGAACCAAAAGACUUGAUGUCAUACCUUCAAGCAACUGAUGUCACAUCCGUAGUUCACAGGAUCAUAUUCAAGGCAUUUGAGGAAGUUAAAAGGGCAGAUUUCAUUCUUUGUAACACAAUUCAAGAGCUUGAAUCAGGUACCAUAUCUGCCUUUCAAGAAAAGCAACCUACCUAUGCAAUUGGCCCUAUUUUCCCCAAUGGAUUCACGAAGAGCACCGUGGCCACGAGCCUCUGGUCCGAAUUUGACUGCAUCGAAUGGCUCAACACUAAACCGGAUGGCUCAAUUCUCUAUGUCUCAUUUGGUAGCUAUGCACACGCUAGCAAAAGAGACAUAGAGGAAAUAGCCAACGGGCUUUUGCUAAGCAAAGUCGGCUUCAUUUGGGUUCUUCGACCUGAUAUUGUCAGCUCCAAUGAGACCCAAAUCCUACCCGUCGGAUUCGAAGAUGAGAUCAAAAAUCGAGGGUUGAUUGUGUCAUGGUGUAGUCAAAUUGAAGUCAUCUCACACCCUGCAAUUGGAGGAUUCUUAACACAUUGUGGAUGGAACUCCAUAUUGGAAAGUAUGUGGCGCGGCCUCCCAUUGUUGUGCUAUCCAUUGUUGACUGACCAAUUCACCAAUCGGAAACUAGUCGUCGAUGAUUGGAAGGUGGGGAUUAACCUUUGUGAUCGGAAAUCGAUCACAGAGGAGGAGGUGAAAGAGAAGGUGAACAGUUUGAUGAGUGGAAAGUCAAGUGAGGAAUUGAGGAGGAAUGCCAGGAAGGUCAAGAACACAUUGGAGAGUGCGUUGGAUAAAGAUGGUUCAUCAAAUGGAAACUUUGUUCGAUUCAUAGAUGAUGUGAAGGCUAAAAUCCAAGAGAAACAUGGGCUUAGCUUCAAAGACUUCAAUGUCAAUCACUAGGGUUCUUAAAUCUUUGUUGCAUAUUCGGUUCUUAAAUCUUUGUUGCAUAUUCCAAUAAGGCAAGGUUGUCAGUUUCCUUUGUUUUCUUUUAUCAGAUACAAGAUGGGCUGGUGCGGCGCUUACGUUCAUGUUUGUCC